GUUCAGGGAUUGGCUGUUGAAAUCUUCAGUACCACGUCCUGCUUACUAAGGAUGAUGCUUGCAUUUGAAAGACGCUCUCUCUUGGUAAAGCGACAUGGAAUGAAAAUCACACUCGGAACUGGGAUCGUUAUCUCGCUCAUCUUCCUCGGUAUUGCUGUUUUGAUUGCAUUGUUGCCGAAGAUUAAAAGAAUUCACUUUGAACACUUUGAAGGACUGCACUCGUGCUACAUAAAUAGUGAAUGGCUAGCCGUUAGUACAAAUCUAGCGGUAUUGUCUGCACCCUGUGUCGUCACUUUCCUGCUUUCGUUGUUAUCGUUGAAGAAUUCCGUCUUGGGUAGAGAUGGUAAUUAUUGUCCUAAACAACUAGAUUACGAUCGAAGCCCCGCCUAUUUCCUGUCCACGGACCUGGCGUUUGUCCGCUUUCCAGAGAAAUCCAGCCCGUCCUCAUGUUGUUGUCAGACUUGUGUCCUCCAAAAUGAUGUAAUCCGGACAAAUUGUGAAUCUGAACCGUCACAAAACUCUGUUCGAUGCAUAUCAACAGGACAAGUGAGAUCAACACUACUGCUACCAAUACUUAACAUGGCUGUCGUCUGUGCAGUCAUCUUACGUCUCUGCUUCAUCGUCGCCUCACACUAUCUCCCGAAUAAUGAAAUAUUUCAUUCCCUUAUACUAGCUUGUUAUAUCCUACCAAAUGUCAUACAGACAGGAUGCCUGCUUAGCACCAUUCCACGUUUUAGAAGUACCGUUCAUCCCCUGCAGCUGAAAUCAAAAUCAUCCAUCGAAAGAGACACUCGGCCGAUUGUUGUUCUCGCUCCACGAGACACGUUUGGAGAUAUGCCUACGUUCCUGAAACCGUCACCAGACAUAGAUGUCAUGGUAGGACUUAGGGAGACCAAUGUUGGCAGCAAAAUCAGAAAACAGGUAUCAUUGUCUGCUUUGUCGGUGACGUCAUGUGUCUCCCUGAAAAACGACAGAACCAAUGUUUCGAAAAGACGAGUAACAAUUACUGUAGUCUGAUGAAAAAGUAAUACUAAUACUCAUGUUUCCCAAACUUUUUCGAUAUUUUGCUAGCGAUUCUACCUGUGCAGGCUAACAAUUAAUGGCGUUUUCUAUACAUCAAACAGUACUUCAAUUGAAAUAAAAAUCAUGGCAAAACUUAAUGUUCCAUGUGUGACACCUUGUGGACAAAACAAAAAAACUAGUUUGAUCCUUUGAUGUACAUCAAACGAAUCUCGAGGUCGCACAACGGUAUAUUGUAAUGGCUUUGCAGUUGGGAGUCGCUCCUUUGUAAUCUUCAAAAGAAGCAUAUCAGCCUGUGAUUGGUUAGUUUUUUUUUCGUCUCCUGAAAUCAAUCAAAUUACUUGACCAAACUUCUUUUUGCCCAUGUUUUUUUUUCAUUUUUUAUCCCCCACAAAGAAGUUUGGGGAGGGUGUACAUAAUGGAAUUACAUUGUCUGUAUUUCUAUCUGCACAGAACCUUAUUAGCGCAAUACUUCCUACACUGUCUGAUGGAAUUGCAUUGAAACUCUGCACAAGUACGGAUAAAUAUCUACACGAUCAUUAAUGAUAAUAUCUAUACUAUAGUGUACAUAGAAAAGGAAAAGUUCAAUUGUUGGAAUUUGAUUUUUAUGAUAUAAGGCCAUUUAGACACAACGUAAACUUACUUUAAAUAUUUUAAUAGGUUACAUCAGUAGUCAGUAGUAGGAGAAAAUAUCACAUCACUAAGCAAUUGUCUGUUAGUGUUGCCAUCACAAACAAAACAAAGACAAACAAAGCAAAAUAUUAAUAUCAGUAUGAUAAUGGUUUUCAGCAUAGUUUCCCACGAAAGUAAAUAGAAUCUCACUCAAUUCCUCGUAGAUGAUGUGAUGUUCAUUUGAUAAAUAUUUUAUGAUACACACAUGGGGCAGUAAACAAACCUACUACAUCAGUAUAAACAAUUCCCAAGUGAUUAUGCAGUAAUAACUUUUUUAAAGUCCUUAUAAAAUACAUGCAGACAACAUUUUUAGACAGAAACAGGGAACAUAUUUUUUUUUCUUUUUGUCUUCAAUAAUAUAUUUUUUAGCUUUCCACAGACAAUGCUGGACUAUCAGACAUAUUUCUGUAGCGAUUAUUGCCUAUAGGGUGGAUUAAGCCUGAUAUCCAUGAUUAAUGAAGGGUAUACUUUGUAGCGUGUGAUUUUGAGAUCGGUAGACUAAGACUAUGGUAUAUUGUGACGCCGUUCGUGUUUCUUCUUUGCACAAUACAAGGAGCAUUUUAUCGUGUCUUCUUCUAGACCAGUGAAAUAUCAAUAUUCGUGUGUAGUAUAUUUUGGAAAAAACAAACGGAUAUUGUGUAAAGGCAUAUAAAGAUAUCGAUGGCUUACUGCUAGAAUGUUACCCGCUCGCACCGUGUGUUUUCUUUAAUUUCCAUGUAAUAUGUUUUAUUGCAGCUGCAACGUCCUGUUGACCUUUGUAUUGUGGUAAACAACACGCAUGGUGCUUCACACACUACCUACUGACAUGCGAACAUUAUUGUUUACGUCGCACUGGCAAACUAGAAAUGGCAUCAUUGGCACUUGAACUACAUCUGGUUUUAAAUCCAUAUUUUUAUUAUUCGGUUUACAUUACAGAACCUUACAAAUAAUCUGGAUAUAUGUAUAUUUCCAAUAAUAACUUUUUGCGGAACAUUCUGCAGUAAGUCAUCGAAUCGUUUGGGGAAAAACGAUAAAGGUGUGCGAAUGAUAAUGGCAGAUGCAAUUGUUAUCUGUUUCGAUUGAUAUAACAAACAUGGCGCUCGUUUAAUCAUUGUGCUAGAGAGUAAGUGAUAUUGUGCGAUUUACACCUAUCAAUCAGCAUGUAAUCAAUAUGAUUUAGCUGAAUAUAAGUAAUGAAUUCAAUUUAAAAAAAUCUGAGGAGAGGGUUCUUUAAUAUAACAAGAAACUUCUACAUUGUUUUUGCUAUGUGUUGUUGUCGUUGUCGUUCUUGUUGUUAUUUGUUGUUUUUUGUUGUUAUUUGGUUGUUGUGUUUGUUUUUUAUUGUUGUGUUUGAUUUUGUUGUUGUGUUUGUUGUUUUGUCAGUGGUAGUGCUGUUGUUGUUGCUGCUGCUGUUGCUGUUGUUGUUGCUGCUGCUGUUGCUGUUGUUGUUGUUGCUGCUGUUGUUGUUGUUGUAUAUCUUCAGCUUGCUUUUUCUGCUAUAUACAUAAUGCCGAUGUUUGUGUGUGAUGUUGAUGUUUCAGGAUUGUGAAUUGUGAAACAUCAAGGCUAACAACAGUAAUUUUAAUUCACUCAAAUAAACAUUUAAUCGUUUUGAAAGAAAAUUUCAAAAUUAGACCCAUGAAAAUGUACAGAAUUUGAUUUUGAAAAAAUAGCAUUUACAGGCGUGUUGUUAAUGAUUUCGAGA